AUGGAGCCCGGGACUGGCGGAUCGCGGAAAUGGUCCGCUCCUCCGGCGGGCUCCCAGUCCUGGCUGCCUUUCUUUUUUUCUAGGCGAUCGCUUCCAGCCUCUUUCAAAUUCCCUACACCUUCUGACCCAGAAAAUUUCAGGGACACUACCCUGCUUUCCUCUGCUCAGCCCGAGGCUCGGACCCGCUACCGGACCAAGCGGCUUUCCCAGCUCCUUGCGCCGCUCCCCAGCUUGCUUCAGAAGCUGCUGAUUUGGAGUCACAUCCAAAUUAGAGGGCCGAUUCCGACAAGAUGGCUAGAUUUUUCUGGAGGCUACAGCGCUCUGAGAGUCCUGAAAGGACGGAAAGAAGCAGCCGAUCCCACAGCGGAGAAAUCUUUGAGUUCGCUGCGGUUCAACUCAUCAGACUGCUCAGUUGCCAGUCCCCUUGAUUGGCUAGAGGAGGGGAUCUGCUGGCAGUGCGCGUCCUCGCACCUAGAAUUGGACCUUAAAACCAGGGGAAGUACUUUGGACCGUGCAGUACACGUGCUUCUUUUAGAGCAGCAGCAGCAUAAAGUAGAGCUGUUGCCGAGUGGCGUUCAGUCCCAUAUGUACUCCUACCAGGAACUUGGUGGCUCUUCACCCUCCGGCCCUCUCGGCGUUCAGCGCUUAGGCAAUUUCAACGUAGUCUCCUAUUUGCUGAACUCCACCUACCUGGACCGCCUUCCCCAGCUGGAGCUCAGCUAUCAGAACCGCGUUGGAAGUGGCCAGCUAGUUGAUUUCCAGGAACUAACUCCGGAGUAUAGCUGCCUGAUUGAGGACGAUUGUCAUCCCCAGCCACUGAAUGCAGAGAUAUCUCCAGCCACAUGGCAGGAAUGUCCACCACUUUCUAGAGAAGGCCUGCCAGAAAUUCACCAUCUUCGCAUGAAACGGCUGGAAUUCCUUCAGCAGGCUAGCAAAGGGCAGGAGUUACCCACCCCUGACCAAGAUAAUGGCUACCACAGCCUGGAGGAGGAACACAGCCUUCUCCGGAUGGAUCUGAAACACUGCAGAGAUAAUACAACACAGUUUGUUCCCCCUGCUGGAGCCAUUCCAGGAGCCACCCACGAACUUACUGAAGAAAAAAUUGAAUUGUUGACUAGAGAGAUUCCACUUGCUUUGGAAAAACAAAGCCCAUUGGAGACCUGUCCUUCUUGUGAGGUACCUAUGGUAAACGAGCCUAGACAGGACCAAAUUAGUGUAGUUGACUACUCCUGCAAAGAUGACCUUCCCAUUUCUGCCAGACCAGCUUGUAGUAACAAACUGAUAGAUUAUAUUUUGGGAGGUGUGUCCAGUGACCUGGAAACAAGUUCUGAUUCCGAAGGUGAGGGUUGGGAUGAGGAAGCUGAGGAUGAUGGUUUUGAUAGUGAUAGCUCCCUGCCAGCAUCAGACCUUGAACAAGACUCUGAAGGGCUUCACCUUUGGAACUCCUUUUACAGUGUAGAUCCUUAUAAUCCCCAAAACUUUACAGCAACAAUGCAGACUGCUGCCAAAAUUGUUUCUGAAGACCUUUCUGAUUCAGAGAAUGAUUUAUCUGAUAGGUCUGACCUAGAGAAUUCUUCCCAGACCAGAAGCCUGACCAAGCCUCCUGAGAUCCUUGACCAUAAUUAUGGGGAGGAAGAUGAUUGGGAAUCUAGUGCAGAUGAAGCAGAGAGUCUCAAACUUUGGAACUCUUUCUGUAAUUCUGAUGACCCCUACAACCUUUUAAAUUUUAAGGCUCCUUUUCAAACAUCAGGGAAAAAUUGGAAAGGCUCUUGUGACACAAAGAGACUAUAGGAGUCCAUUGUGGCCAUUUCUGAUUCUUGCUCCUUACUUUCUUGUAAAGUGCAACUGUUAGGAAACCAAGAAAGUGGAUGUCCAGACUUGGUACAGCAUGAGGUUCUUUCUGGAGAAAGACACACACAUAUCAAAAGAAAAAAGGUAACCUUUCUUGAAGAAGUUACUGAGUAUUAUAUAAGUGGCGAUGAGGAUCGCAAAGGACCAUGGGAAGAAUUUGCAAGGGAUGGAUGCAGGUUCCAGAAACGAAUUCAAGAAACAGAAGAUGCUAUUGAAUAUUGCUUGACAUUUGAGCACAGAGAAAGAGUAUAUAAUAGACUCCAAUGCUUCAGAGGACUUCAUGUUUUUGAGCAAUGUUAAGAUCAGUUACAUAUGACAGCCUGUUGCCCUAACAUACACUACCUCUUACUUGAGAGGUUUCUUUUAAAAACAAAUAUUGGCAGCUGUCCUUUGACCUUUUUUUUAGAGGAAAUGUAACUUGGAUCCAGUGAUCUGAUUUUUUUUGGGGGGGGGCAACAUAUCCCACAUAGAAACAUUCAGGUUUGAAGUCAUUCCUGAUGAAGAAAAAGAUAGUUUUUUUUUAUUGUUUGUUUUAAAUGACCUUUACUUGCUUAGAGUUGUCCUUUUGCACUUUCAAAACUUAAUUGUCUUGGAAAUAAUAUUUAUAGGGCUUAAAGCCCGUUUUAGUCUUAGUUUAAAUUACAUAUGCCUGUCUGAAAACUGUGCUCUUUCUUGUUUGAAAUCAGUGCGCUUCUGUUUUUCUAUAUUUUUAAUUUCCGUGCUUAAACCUACCUCCCUUAUAUUGAAAAAAAUAAUCUUAUAUAUGCUACUAACUUAAAGUACAUUAUCUUGUGUCAGUUAUUUUUCCUUAUAAAAAUGGCUUUGGUUAAAAAUGUGUGGUAGAUUUUUAUUUCUUUGUUAGGUUCUACCUAAGAUGUUUCCAUGGACUGCCACAAAAAUCUUUGCUACUUUGGGAAAGCUAUAUCUGUCUGCCAAAUAUUAACACCUAAUAUAUUCAAUUUCUGGGCAAAUUGUUCUUUGGAGACGGUUCUAUAUAUGUUAUGGUUCCGCGUUGAAUGUGUUUCUUUGUACCUUAUAACAGGUAGAAAUUCCAAAACAUCUAGAAAGUAAUAAUUGUAUCAUAGGCAUUUAUUUUUUUUAAACAAAAGCCUAGUGUUUUCCUAGUAGGAUGUCAGGAGACAUCUCAGAGUAAUUUGGUUUUGUUGUGUAUGCUCUCAACAUAAAACCAGUGUUAUUAAAAAAAUAAAUAAAUAAAUA